AUGAGUGCGCAAUCGUACCUGGAAUCCACGAUCAGUGGACCUGCUGGUCCGGCUCCAACCACGGUUGGCGAGCCGCAACUGCCCGGGGUGGUCACUCUGCCGUCGACCAGCUCCGCGCCCUCUUCCUCGGAGGCGAGUGAGGUGGUCGUGCCAGCCAGUCACGAACUCAUCGUCGUCUCGUGCUACACACGCUUCGACAACCUGGCGCAUGGUCCCCGUGGAACUGAGGCCAAGAGGAGUUUGUACACCUUCCGAUUAGAUGAGAACGAUGGGGAGUUGGUAUUGUUCUCUGUCACGACAGACGACAGUGUCAUGAAUCCAGCCUUCUCCAGAUUCAAUGCAAAGAGGAAUCUGCUGUACACCUGCACGGAGUCAGUGGCAGAGAACGGCGAGAUUGUGACAUACUCCGUGGAUGCUAGCACGGGUAAGCUGUCCAAGGUGGGAAGUCAGGAUGCUGGAGGCACCUCGACAUGCUACUUGACGCUGGACAAGGGCUGCGAGAACUUGCUCGUCGUCAACUAUUGGAAUGCCACCAUCGGCGUUUUUGGUCUCGACAGGGAUUCCGGUUUGGUGGGCAAGCACCGAAGUAUCUUUGACCCCAAUGAGGGCCGAGGAAUGAAAGUCAGCCACACCAGGCAUGUGAACCAUUCAGAGAACGACCCGAAUGCGCAGAAGGAGAGGCAGAGCGAUCCGCACUCUCACGCAGUCAUUCUGGACCCGUUCUUCGGCCAGAUCGCGUACGUGCCUGAUUUGGGUAUGGAUCUCAUUCGCCAGUUCAGGUUCAACCCCCAGAGCGGCAAGCUGGAGGCCGCCGGCUUCUGCAGGUCGGGUCCCGAGAGCAAGUCUGCCCUUGGCCCACGGUAUAUCGAGUUCCACCCGACGCUCCCGUACGCCUACGUCGUCAACGAGCUUUCCUCUGAGGUUUCUGUUUUUGCCUUCGAUCGCGAUGCCGCAGAGGACAUGUUGAGCAGCUCGGAUGUGUCCAAAGCAGCGCCGACACUUCGUCUGGUGCAGACUGUGAGAACCAUCCCCGAUGCCUGGCCGAGUGACAUGAACACUUGUGGUCGAAUAGCUGUGCACAACUCUGGCCAUUUCGUGCUAGUUUCCAACAGAGGGCACAACAGCAUCACCGUCUUCCGCGUAGCUCAUGAGCUCGGGCACCAUGGGCAGCUCUCCCUGGCGCAUUUGCAGCACACACGCGGUGCCACCCCGCGACACUUCCAGUUCGACAGUUCAGGCCAGUGGCUGAUCUCAGCAAACCAGGACUCUGACAAGAUUUCUGUUUUCCGCUUUAACAUUGCCACUGGCACCAUGGAGUGGACCGGCAACGAGUACCACGUGCCUUCUCCCAACUUCGUUUGCUGCCUGAGGCCGCAGAUGAGAAUGUCCGCGCACAGCCAGCCCGCGAAGCCUGCUAAUGGUGCAGUUCCGAGCAGCAGGUCAUCCAACGGUGGCGAUGUCGAAACUAUGAGGUCUGCAUCUCCUCGACUACGCUUCAUGCAUGAGAUCAUGCGCAGAAAAUUGCACCGGAGCUUACCUCCAAAUGAGGUUUGGGGCGAUGCGGUCAUGGAGUGUGAGGGUGGGGCGUGGAUCACUGCGUUGAUAUGCCUUGGAUGGAAAACUGACCUGCCGCUGUUUCUGUGGCAGUUGUGCUUUGAAUAG